GGAGACAGAAGUCAGCGCAACUAAUCUGCGAUUCUACUGUAGACAAGCCGCAUCCUGGGCAAACCUCGCAUGCUUGGGACGGGCGCUGGCAGCUGACUGACGCGCUGCUCGGCGGUGUUACUGACGGGAUAUUACCUGCUUGUGGUGUUGUCCGGUGGGAUGAGUUUUAUCUCCGGCUUGAGACGGAGCCUUAAGAGAAAUGACAGCAAAAGGAAUUCCUUGCCUGUUGGUAGAAGUGUGGAAAGCCCCACAUCCCCCUCCAGCAAGAUCCUUCAGGCUGGAGAGGGCCCCGAUAGCCCUAAUUCUCCAUCCCGGUUGUCCAUCAUAAACCACAAAGAAACGGAUCCUGUCAUACCAGAUUUCAGAUUACAUCUGGCAGACUCCACUGGGGAAUCCAAAGCCACAACACCUUCUGCAGAGUCACAGAGGUCAGACCUCUCCCUGGCCCUGGAGGACUGCAUGGCCGCGCUGGACCUCUUCCUGCAGAAUGACUUUGACGAGGCCCUGUCCAGGCUCCAAUGCAGAACAAAAGACAGCAUGUACCAUGCCCUCACCUAUGCCACCAUCUUGGAGAUGCAAGCCAUGAUGACUUUCAGCCAUGAGGAUAUACUGGCAGCUGGAAACAACAUGAAAGAAGCCCAGACACUGUGCCAGAGGUUCCGCAAAAAGUCUUCCCUGACAAACAAAAACUUCACUGAAGAGGAGCUCCAUGCUGAAGUGUGCUAUGCAGAGUGUCUCCUGCAGAGGGCAGCACUCACUUUUCUUCAAGAUGAAAACAUGAUCAGUUUUAUCAAAGGAGGAAUCAAAGUGAGAAACAGCUAUCAGACAUAUAAAGAGCUCCACAAUGUCCUGCAGUCCUCUGGCUAUACCCAAGGGGACAAUCAUGGCCAUUUUGAGGGAGGGGUCAAGCUCGGAGUGGGAUCCUUCAAUCUGAUGAUUUCCAUGUUGCCAACCAGGAUCCUCCGGUUGUUGGAAUUUGUGGGAUUUUCUGGGAAUAAGGAGUACGGCCUACAACAGCUGGAGGAGGGGUCUAUCACAGACACAUUCCGAGCCUUUCUGUGCAACAUGCUGCUGCUCUGCUACCACACCUUCAUGAGCUUCAUCCUGGGAACUGGUGAGGGUGACAUAGAGGAUGCUGAGAAACUCUUGCAGCCCUACCUGAAGCGGUAUCCUAGGGGGGCGAUCUUCUUGUUUUUCGCUGGGCGAAUCGAGGUGAUCAAAGGAAAUCUCGAUGCUGCUAUUGGGCGGUUUGAGGCAUGUUGUGAGUCCCAGCAGCAGUGGAAGCAGUUCCACCACAUGUGUUACUGGGAGCUGAUGUGGUGCUUCACUUAUAAGAGGCAAUGGAAGAUGGCCUACUUCUACGCUGACCUGCUGAGCAAAGAGAACACCUGGUCCAAGGCCACCUAUGCCUACAUGAAAGGGGCCUAUCUGAGCAUGAUGACCACAGAGGAGUGCAAGGUGUUUGGGGAGACGGAGGAGGAACUUUUCAGACAGGUACCAGGACUGAAGCAGAAAAUAGCUGGGAAGUCAUUACCCACAGAGAAGUUUGCCAUCCGAAAAGCCCGUCGCUACCUGGCAGAGAACCCUGUGCCUCUUCCUGUCCCGCCACUGGAGAUGAUGUAUAUCUGGAACGGGUACACUGUGAUUGGGAAGCACAAGGACCUAACAGAAGGGAUGCUGCAGACUUUGGACGAAGCCCAGAAAAAGCUAGAGCUAUAUCCAAAGACAGAGAUCUCCAUAGACGACCAGUGUCUGCUGAGCCUGCUGAGAGGCCUGUGCCUAAGACACCUAGGCUUCCACGAGGAGGCGGAGCACUACUUCACCCUGGUCCUCUGCAAUGAAACGCAGAUCAAGUUCGAUCACUACCUGGUUCCCAACGCGCUUCUGGAACACGCCCUGCUGUGUUUGGAGAAAGGCAGGAAAGAGGAGGCCGUCAGACUGCUGGAGGCAGCCAAGCAGAACUAUAAGAACUAUUCCAUGGAGUCUCGCACACACUUCCGGAUCCAGGCCGCUUUGCACAAGGCCCGAGCCACAAGUCAAAAUGGAGUACACAGCCCGCUGCCAGCGAGUCCGUAACUGGUGGUGGUGGAGCAGGGCAGGAGCCCAGCUAACCUGUGGAGAACAGUCCAGGGAGAAAAGGCUGGCCAGGAGCCAUACCACAUCAGUCUCCCAGCAUGCACAGCAGAAGUGAACCUCUGGAGAAGGCUGUCAGACUACCCAGUCAGAGACAAAUACAAAACCACAGAGUAACACACACACACACACACACACACACAUAGAGGCAAACACAACACACCACACAGAGGCACAGCAAAACCCACGGACAUGCAACACAGAGAAAUGCCAACAGAGCUGCCAAGCCAGGUAGUCGCAGACAAGCCCAUAGGCAAAUACACACUCACUUGUGCACGUAUUAGCAAAAAUACAUGUGUACAGUCUCACACACAUGUACACAUACAAGCAAAAACACACAUUCAGCAUCACCAUUCUGCUUUUGCAGCUGAGUUGAGUCGUUUACUCUGAUCAGUUUUGCCCUCCCAAUUCAAUGAAAGUUACCCAAAAAUUUACGCUAGCUGGUGACACAAUCUGAUUGGAAGGAAUGUCUUUAAUAGGCAGAUCUUUUUUUUUGUUUACCUUUUUGCUCGAUUAUCAGGAGUAUUUCUACAGCUGGAAAACAACAGCAUAGUGAUAAACUUGUCAGAUGAAGACUGACACAGAAAAUGUAUUUGAUCAAAGUAGAGCGACAGAAUACAGUUUUCUCAUCUGUGGCCAGCAGAUGUCCUUCCAGCAAACCCAGACAAAUGUGUGCCUAAUCAAGUCAUAACAAAUGCCCCUCAAUAUUUUCACAUAAAAACAUGUGCAUAUCAUGUUUUGAACAUGACCCCAAGUCAGAGUUUGCCAGUGACUUACAGAUGCAGAAGGCAGAGAAGUUAUCUUUCUUUUGUAAUUUUCCUGAACCUAUUUAAGUUUGUUGUUUAAUAUCAGCACAUAUACCAGCUGAUUCCUUUUUCCUUUCAUUUGUUGUAGCUAAUAUGUUUUUUAUGCCUUUGUGUACUCCACACGAAAUCCUUUUUAUUCACAGCAGAAAGUGAUGAUUUUGAGUGAAUACCAAGCCACAAUUUAAAAACCAAUCCCUGAUCUCUUUUGUUGUGAGAAAAAACAUUAAAUGUAACCCAAUCUCUCUUAUAAUUCAGUUUUAUGGUGAUGUGCACAACAAUGAAGCUACCCUAUGAGAUAGUAUUAAAUUAAAAAGGUAUCAGCUGCUGAUGGGUGAACUUUACUUGUCAAGCAUGUUAAUAAUACAAACAGGUUCAGGAGCUUUAUUGGUUUAAAGGUGAUUCUGCCUCUGUCUGUAGCUGACUGGCCACUACUGCACCAAGCCUUAUGACAGUUAAAUGGUCAUGAUGUCCAAUGAUACUACCUACGAAAAGCAAAAGUGUUGGAGCAUGAACAAAAUUGCUGUAGAAUCAAAUUUAUUAUUUGCUGAUGUCAACAGAACCUUUUCUGGAUGAUGUUAAGUUUCUUUUACAUGCUUAAAUUGAUUAAAUUAAAGGGGCAGGCUAAAACAGGUAAUUGGCCAUUGUUAUUUAGAGAGUUUUGAAAUGAAUGAACUUAUGUUACGCUGGUCCAGUGUCUGCUACAUGCACAGGUUUAUCAGGUGUACCUUUAAUUACUCAACUUCCAACUCCUGAUUAAAUAACCAGAUGAGAGCUCCAAUCUCAUAAGAAGCAUCUGAUGUAUAUCUGAUAAGAAAGAGGGCAUUUGACUGUGGAGCUAUGUAGGUUUUAUGUAUGUUUACAGUAGAAUAGUGUCUAGACCCAUUCACUGUAAACUGCCUUUCCUGCUGUUCCCUUUUACAGCUCAGAAUGUGUAGUUUAGAUAAAGUUUAAAGAGGAUAAAAAAAAUGGGGUAAAAAAAAAACUGACCUGGUGUCAGCUGUGAGGUCUUUUCUGAAAAGGUGGAGGAAAUAAUGCAAGUGUGUAGAUUUUUUUUUUAUAUUCAAUUUGGCUUGACGCGGAGCAAUAGUAUGUUUCUGAUAGCUUCAUCAUUGUUUCAUUAUGAAACGGGAAUGUUUCUUUUUUUUC